AUGGCCUCCGAGAACCCGCUCGUCGUGCUGCUGCACGCGCUCGUCGUCAUCGCGCUCGUCCACGCCCUCGGCUUCUGGUUCAAGUGGUCCGGAAGGCUCGAUGCCUCCGUGGAAAAAGGCCUCAGCGCCUUCCUGUUCAACGUGUCGCUGCCGGCGCUGCUCUUCAAGUCCAUCGCGACGAUGCGCUUCGGCAGCAUCAACGGCCGCAUCUUCGUCGGCGUGCUCCUCGCCAAGGCGCUCCUCGCGGCGGUCUGCCGCGUCGUCGCGCGCUGCGUCUACGGGCCCUCGGCCAUGGGCGCCGUCGCGGGCCUCUUCGCGACGAACAGCGACGAUCUAGCGCUGGGGCUGCCCUGCUUCACGGCGCUCUUCGGCGCCGAGAAGGCGCAGCUGCUCUACGCGCUCUGCGCGACGCAGUCGCUUACCCUGAACCCGGCGCUCUUCGUCGCGCUCGGCGUCGGCGCGCGGGCCGAGCCGGCGACGAAGGCGCGGCGCUGGCGCCGCCUCCUCGCCGUCGCCCGGUCGACGGCGCGGGGGCUGUUGGCGAACCCGCUCGUGCUCGGCGUCGCCGUCGGCCUCUUUUACAACGGCGCCUUCCGGCUCCAGGCCGCCGCGCGCGGCCGGCCCGCGCCGCCGGCCCUGCCGACGAUCUUGGACGACUUCGUCGCGGUCCUGGGCGCCGCCUUCACGCCCUGCGUCCUCUUCGUCGCCGGCGCGUCGAUCGUCGACUCCUACGCGUUCGCGUUCGGCGGCGGCGCCCGCGCGACGGAAUCGGACGACGGCGCGUCCGCGCUGCGGCGCGUCGCGAGCCCCCUCGCGCUCGUCAUCAUCAAGAUCGUCGCGCUGCCGCUCGCGGCGCGCUUCAUCGUCGAGGCGCUCGGUGCGUCCGUGGCCGCGCAGGACUACGUUUUUUUAUACGGCGUCCUCCCGACGGCGAACGCGGUGCUCGCGAUCGUCCGCGGCGUCGGCGUCGACGGCCCCGCGGAGCAGCUCGUCGCGACGGCGCUCCUGCUCUGCAAGCCCCUGAGCUUCGUGGCGCUCUUCGGCUGCGCGGCCCUCGUGUCCGCGCGCGACGACGUCCAGGACGUCUUGGCGACCGCGGCGUCGACGCUCGCGGUCUUCUCCGUCGGCGCGGGGUGCUGGGUCCUCUUCGGGCGGGCCGUCGUGCACGCGCGGGGGGGUCGCAGCUCGCGCGCCUUCCGCGACGCGCACAUCGCCGCGGCGCUCGCGAUUUUGCACGGCUCGACGUACCUCGCCGUCGCCGCGACGUCGACGCGGUCCUUCGUCGAGGGCCGCGGCGGCGGCUGCGGGCGGCGGCGCGCGCUGUUCACGGUCGUGUCCGUGCCCCGCUGGGCCUGUGACGCCUUCCUCGUCUGCGUGGCCCUCGACGCGGCCGCGGCCGCGCGGCGCCGCGCGGCCGCGAAGCGCGAGACGCUCGAGGCCGCGGGGACGGUCGACGCCGCGGCGACGGUCGAGGCCGCAGGGACGGUCGACGCCGCGGCGACGACGAGCGCGGUCCACGCCGCGCGCGCCGGUGGCGAGGUGGCCGACGCAGCCGUCGCGGCGCCGCCGUCGCCGCCGGCGUCGACGCGGAGCCGCGGCGGCUCGGAGCGGAGCUCGGCCGGGCGCGGGCGGCCGUCGAAGCUCGGGGCCCGCGUCGCGCUGUCGGCGGCCGUCGCGCUGGGCGCGACGCUGCCCUGGACCGCGCGCUGCGCGCCCCUCGCGCGGUCCGAGCGCGCCGCGGCGCUCCUCGUGCCCUUCGGGCGCGCGCAGGAGCGGACGUACGCGGCGCUCUACGCCGCGGGGGCCGCGGUCGUCGCGCUCUGCCUGCGGCCCAUCUUCCUCGACGCGGGCGGCGACCGGCGCACGGGCGACACGCUGCGCAUCGGGAGCCUGCUCGUCGUCGCGCUCCUGCGCUUCGUCGCGGGCGCGUCGCUCAUGACGUCGGUGCUCCACGAGGCGAGCCUGGGCCGCACGUCGGCGUUCCUCUACCUGUUCUUCGCGGUGCUGGGCCACGGCCAGGGCAUCUGCGUGGCGCUCCUCUUCGGCUUCGCGCCCGACGUGCUCGAGGCCCUCGCGGCGCUCGGCGGCGUGCUCCCGAGCCUCCGGGCCCUCUGGGCAGCCUCGCCGCCGGCCGCGCGAACGAUUCUCGCGCACCUCACGGUCAUGGACUUUUGCGGCGCGCCGGGGGACGUGUCGGACACGCCCAAGGACAUAGUGGAGAGCGUGCGGCUCGAGAUGAGUUCGCCGGCGAAGCCGCCGGCCAAGGUCGCGGGCCCCCUCAUGGAGAUCGAGAACGUCGAGUCCUUCGAGGAGAGCCGCCUCGAGUGCCUCGCCCAGUCCGAGGGCCUGACGAUCCAGGAGCGCGACCUCGAGGCCAUCCGGAGCUUCUUCGACAAGAUCUUUUUUUGGGCGGAGAACGCGAUCGCCACGGACGGCAACGCGCCCUUCAAGGCGCUGGCGCUCAUCUUCGCCACGCUCGUCGUCCUCUUCGCCUUCGCCUGGUACUACGUCGUCAAGUUCGACAGCAAGACGGGCAUGCACCCGAAGCACCUCGCGCGGCGGUCGCUCGUGUCCAAGGACGACCGCCAGGACGUCUACGGCUACGGCGACCUCGUGGACUCGUUCUGGCUGAGCCUGCUCGUGCUGUCCACGGGCGGCCACGACGACUCGCUGCCGGCCAUCUUCUCCGUGCGCAUCGUCUACUUUGGGGGCAUCCUCAUCGGCCUCGUCAUCUUCGCGAUCCUCGUCGGCUUCAUCACGGACGCCGUCGUCAACUUCAUGGACGGCCUCGCCAAGGGCAAGUCCAAGGUCAUCAUGAACGGCCACACGCUCGUCCCGGCGUCCUGCGGCCGUGACGAUUUUCGAGAGCUCGUGCUGGGCUGGAACGAGGCGACGAUCCGCCUCGUCUGCCAGCUCGCGUUCCUCCGGCGCCAGUACCUCAUGUCGAACGAGACGUGGGCGAAGCGGCUCAUGCCCUGGACCGUCGUGCCCCCGUCGACGCCCUGCGCCGCGGCGGACAUCGUGAUUCUGGCCUACGGCAAGGAGAAGGAGGAGAUGGACGCGCUCCUCGAGACCGCGCUCAGCGAGCGGGGCAUCGACCCGCGGCGCACGCGCGUCGGGAGGAACAUCAUCUGCCGCGUCGGCGACCCGACGGACGUCCACGACCUGCUCAAGGUCGGCGCCCAGUCGGCGACGGCCAUCGUGACCAUGAUGACGGAGGACGACAAGGAGGAGGAGGACCUGAGCGAGGGCGCGAUCGCGAACGGGUCGACGCUCCGCGUGCUCCUCGCGCUGCGCCACGUGCUCCUCGCGAACAAGGGCCUCAUGGCCAUCCGGAACAUCGUCAUGCAGCUCAGCGCCCCGAGCACCUACAUCGACGCGGCCUGCUUCCGCAACGAGCAGGAGGCCGUCGUCGUCUACCCGCUCGACCUCUCCGUGUUCCUCAACUCGCUCAUGUUCUCCUGCGGCGCGACGCCGCGCCUCGCGAAGACCAUCCUGGAGCUGGUCAACUUCGACGGCUUUUCGAUCCGCCGCCGCAAGUCGACGCUCCUCGUGCCGGGGGGCGUCGUCGGCCUCACGUUCCGCGAGGCCAUGAAUCGCGUCGACAACGCGGUCCUCAUCGGCGUCUGCGACGCCGACGAGGCGAACCGGCCCGGCGACGGCCUCGUGCCGGACCCGGAGCGCAAGAUCGGCCCCAACGACCUCAUCAUCUUCGUCGCCGUGUCGUCGCUGCCCGACGAGCUCGAGGACGGCCCCGCGAAAGUCGCGCGCGACGACGCGGCCGCGCGGAAGCUCGAGCCCGCGGACCCGGACGUCGCGGCCCGCACCUACCGCAAGAACCUGCUCAUCUGCGGCUGGCGGCCCAUCUGGACCGACGACCCGAAGCGCCUCGUGUCGCGGCUCGAGCAGCUCACUGGCGACCUCGAGGCCGGGUCGACGCUCACGUUCGUGAACCGCGUGCCGCCCGAGCUCUUCGGCGAGCUUUUAGGCGCCUGCGGCUUCGCGGCCGUCGGCGGCGACGUCGCCGGCCAGGACCCGGCCUUUUCGGCCAUCCACAGGGAGGCCGGCGGCGGCACGUGGCUCACGCCCGUCAAGGUCACGCCCGUCCGCGAGUCCGGCGGCAUCGUCGUGCGCCACUGGCCCGGCGACGCCUGCGCCGACGCGGUCCUGGGCCCCCUGCUCCGCACGGUCGACUUCGACGUCGCCAUCGUCCUCGGCACGCAGGGCCGCGCGGCCGGCGCGCCGCUCCCGCCGCGGUCCUGCGACACGCGCGUGCUCAACAUCCUCCUGCUCAUGCGCGACAUCCAGAAGCAGAAGGGCAGGGACGCCAAGACGCUCCAGGUCAUCACGGAGAACCAGCAGGACUCGACGGCGCUCCUCGCGCUGCCGCCGCUCGGCGGCGGCGCGGCGACGAACCGCGCGGACUUCAUCAACACGCAGGCCAUCUACGCGCGCGCGCUCGCGCACACGCUGGCCUACCCGGCCAUCGCCCACGCCGUCGGCGAGCUCUUCGCCGACGCCGCGGGCUCCGCGUCCGUCGACCUCGUCUGGGCGACGGCGUUCGUGCCCGUCGGCGCGCCCGUGACCUUCGGCGCGGUCCAGCAGCGCGUCAUGCUCGGCCUCGAGGACACGCUCUUCGAGAAGGAGCACCCGGGCGGCCAGACCUCCGCCAUCUGCAUCGGCUUCCUCGACGGCGACACGGACAAGCUCACCUUCGCGCCGUCCGUCGACUCGACGACGGCCUACAAGGCCAACGACCGCCUCGUCCUCGUCACGCGCGACGUCCCGCCGCCGGAGGCGCCCUAG